UGCUUCAGUAAAGCUGUUGGAGUUUCCAAUUCAAGCAUCAUCCUUGACAGCUUCAUGAGGGCAAAAAGUCAUGAUUCAAGCCACGGUUACAAAGCCCUACCAUCACAUGGACGUCUGAACGGUACCAGAGGCGAUGGAUGGUGCGCCCAAAAAAAUAAUAAAAAACAGUGGCUUCAAGUUGAUCUCGGGAAAAUUAUUGAAGUGUGCGCUGUUGCAACCCAAGGAGACAUCAAUGGCAAUGAAUGGGUGAUAGACUUUAAACUAGCGUACUCUAAAUCUUUUGACGGCCGUUGGCAAAUAUAUAAGGAUGCUAACGACUUAGAAGUGGUAUGA